UUAUACCAUUGAACACUCUGGGUCCGCCUUCAAGACACUGGGCUGUGGAUCAACCCAACCACCACUCCUCUUGCAAGAAUCAUUUUGACAAGUUCUUUUGGAGGUGCUCCUUCUCUCUCUCUCUUUUAACCCAUCCUCCUUUUGAACAAAAUGGCACCAAAGAAGGACGUGAAGAAACCAGCAGCUGCCCCAGCCCCAGCCCCAGCCCCUGCACCUGCACCUGCUCCAGCCAAACCCAAAGAAGAAAAAAUUGACCUCUCUGCCAUUAAGAUCGAGUUCUCUAAGGAACAGCAAGAUGAAUUCAAGGAGGCAUUCCUCCUGUUUGACAGAACAGGGGAAAACAAGAUCACCUUAAGCCAGGUUGGUGAUGUCCUUCGGGCACUGGGCACAAAUCCCACUAAUGCAGAGGUCAAGAAAGUCCUGGGAAACCCCAGCAAUGAAGAGAUGAAUGCCAAGAAAAUUGAGUUUGAACAAUUUCUGCCCAUGAUGCAAGCUAUUUCCAACAACAAGGACCAGGGUAGCUAUGAAGACUUUGUUGAGGGGCUGCGUGUCUUUGAUAAGGAAGGGAAUGGUACAGUCAUGGGUGCUGAACUCCGCCAUGUCCUAGCCACACUGGGUGAAAAGAUGAAGGAGGAAGAAGUAGAAGCCUUGAUGGCAGGUCAAGAAGACUCCAAUGGCUGCAUCAACUAUGAAGCAUUUGUCAAGCAUAUCAUGUCCAUUUAAAUGGAGCACUAAAGAUCAAGUAUUCUUAAGGAAGACUGGCUGGAACUUUAUUUUAAUAAUACCCAUGACGAAUUGUCUGAAUCUGCAUACCGUCAUUCAGAAAAGCAAACAAAUGGACUGUUCUAAACUGAGAAAUUCCCUGACGUUUUAUAUAUCGUACAUUUCUUUCUUAAUUAUAUUCAUACCACACAAGCUGAGUGUCUCUUGUUCCAGACAAGAAGGAUAAGAUGUUAACAAUGUCAAGCACUGCUAUUUAUUUUCUACCAUGGGUCAAUGAAUAUCCUUAAAAUAUUAAGUCAAUAAACAUUUUGUGUCAGUCAGGAA